UUCCUGCUUCAGAUGCGGAGCUGUACAAUAUGCAGUAUGGGAAGCAAAAUGGAAGUCCAACAGAAGCUCUCUUGCGUGAUUUGGGUGUCAAGACUAAAGCUACAGCUCAAUACCUAUUUGACGUUUUCAAGCGAAUGAAGUUUGAGAGUGGUUUGGAGCUGCUGCACACUUACUUUACAGAACGUGAUGAAAAAGAGUGGACCACAGAAAUCCAUGAACAGAAUUCUAAGGCAAUACUACGAGUAUCACUGAACAGACCUAAUGCUCAUGAUGUUGUACCAAGGACACAAGACAUUGAGGUCAUUUCACAAAUGUUUAUCAAGCUACAGCAGUCAAAUGAACAAGAUGUUGCAGAGGCCUUACUGUAUGCAUUUUUGACUGGGCCACCUGCAUGUGGGAAGACCGAGUUAGGUAGACAAUAUGUAGAAUAUGUAGAAAAGCAAUGGAAGGAACAAAACUCUCGUCAGCACAUGAUAGGUGUACUGAAGGCAGGAUCGGUAGAAGAAUUUGACACGAGUCUUCAGGAACUAGCUCAACAUAUAGGAUGUCCUCGAGCAGUAGAUGUUGCAGUAAAUAUAACUGAUGUUAACCGAAGGCUCAAGAUUUUGGCUGAUAAUAUAAAACAUCGUAUGAAGAUGUUCAAGAAAUGGCUAUUGGUUAUUGACAACCUAACGAGGUCAACAGAUAAAUUAUUGUCAGGCUACUGGCCUGAACCAGGCAGUGAUGACUGGCAAAAAGGCAUGAUCUUGGUAACUACGAGUGACAGAAGUGUGGUGCCUCGUGGCAAUCCUAAAGUAGACGAAAUAAAGUUGAGCUACAGUCUCACACCAAGUGAAUCUGUUGAUCUACUAUGUUGCAUUUCAAAAUGUGAGAAUGAAGAUGGUGCUCUUCAGUUAGCAGCUAAACUUGAUUACAACCCUCUUUCUCUUGCUAGUGCAGGACUGCAUGUUAGAGAAACAAGAAAGUCAUGGCGUGAGUAUAUAGAUUGCUUGAGUGAAAACAUUCAGGCAGACAGUGAAGUAUAUUUGGCUGAGAAAAAUAGGACAUAUCCUCACACACUUCAAGCUGCUAUCUGGGCUGCCUUGAAGAAAAUGACAGAAUCAAAUGAACGACUAAAGUUUGCUUUGCAAAUGAUUUCAGUUUGUUGUCAACAACAUUCACUUCCUGUCUCUGCUGUUCUUGUAUUUUUAAAUAUUCUUUAUGGUAGCUCAUCACAAGUAGACAAGCUCACAAUGAGAAACUGCAGUCUUAUUCUAUUCUCCAAUGUUGAUAAUAUCCACGUACACGCUUCCACUCAUGUUGCUUUGAUUCAGAUGUGGGGAAGUGAUCCAGACAAAAACUCCUGGAAAUUAGCUGCACUUGAGGCACCCCUUGCAGAAAGCAAGAGAGUAGAAGAUGAUUCUGACAGAACACAUGCCAGAUCUGUUCAACUCUUACUCCUUCCUCACAUGUUGCACAUACUACAACAACCUUCAUGCAGCGGGACAAAUCAAGAGGUUAUUGCAGAAGCUUGGAUGUUGUGUUCCAGUGGAAUUGAUGCUCUUGGUGGCCUAUGUAGAGUUGGAAAGUGGCUAAACACAAGAAAUAUGCUUUGUCAACAAAAGAAAUGUCUUGAAACUGCUUUGGGUUUGUAUAAGUGUGUACUUCCUGUGCAAAGGGUGCAAUUAGUAGAGUGCUAUCUCCAGUUGGCUGAUGUCUUUGAUGGCCUGUAUCAACAAGACAAAGCUCUUUGCAUGCUGAAUUGACGGUUAAG